CCUGCCCAGAUCAGAAAAGCGUAUUGGAAAACCAAAAUGAUUUUUCCUAGAGUGCUUGCCUUUUGAAGACAAGCUUCUCUCAGGUGUAGCUUUGUUGAUUUAUUUUAAUCUUGAUUGAUUUUAAUAUUGAUUUGCAGUGUCCAAUGUAUCAGUACUAGAGAGCAGCUGUAUUACUUCACUCAUCACUGCUUCAUCUCCAUUGUAAUGGAUGGAAAAAAGAACCUGCGGAGAAGUCCAAGGCUGUCAUCAACAGCCCUUCAUGGACUCGAAGCUGACAGUGACAUGAGUGAUAAUCCAAAGGGACCGGCAAUGUCAGGCCUCCCGACAAACAGCAGGUAUUUAUAUUCACAGACGGUACUUGGUAGUCAUUCUACUGAAUCUACUCUUACUGGAUCCAGCCAAGGGCUUACAAACCCAAGUGAGAAAGGCCAGACAAGUGAUAGUGAGGUGUUCACCAGAAUGUCAUACUUGGCAAUGGAGAACAACCGCCAUAUUUCACCAGCAAAUGAAUCUCGGCCAUCCCAAAAAAGCGUGCUAAGAAUGAUAUUGAACAUCCCAUGCCUCCUGCUAAUGGCCUUCGUCUCCCUCCCAAGAUAUUUGGUAAAGGCUUGCAUCUCCUCAGUAGAACUAAUCACCCUGCAGAAUGUCAAGAUGAUUUUCAAGAUACUGUUAUUGCUGAUCCCAAUGAUUUCAGCAGGGUUCUACUGCAUUGACUGGUUCUCAUCCUGGAGACUAAGAGAAGAGGAGAUGUCACAGCUGCAUGGAGUAGAAAUGAAGUCAUAUUGGAAGUCCUACAUCUUAUUAAAGCAGCAAUUCAAUGAAAUUGAAGACCUUAAGAAGGAGAUGGAUCUUCUGCGUGCAGAGCUAGACAAUGUGAAGAAUGGCAUUCUGCAUUCAGUUAAACAAACCCUGGAGGAGAAUGGAAUCCCAGUGGAUAAUAAAGAUCAUGUGCUAGAGAUGAUAAAUUCACAAUUUAAGAAGAUUUAUGAGGAUGAUGUUCAGAUGCCUGACUGGGCCCAGAAAACAAUAGGUGCUACCAUUGAUGCAAGCAGAACAUCUAAGAGUUAUGAACCCAGGAACGAAGAAGACAGUUGGUUUAGUUUAUCAUUCUUGUCUUCUGCAAAUCCUCCAGAUACUAUUUUACAGCCAGAUGUGAGCCCUGGAAGCUGCUGGGCUUUCCCAGGAUCUCAGGGCCAGGUGGUAAUUAAGCUGCCUGAGAAAAUCCAACCAACUGCUGUGACAAUUCAGCACAUCUCCAAGGCCAUCUCUCCUUCUGGGGAAGUAACAAGUGCCCCCAAGGAUUUUGCUGUCUACGGACUGGAUGAAAAAACAGAAAUUCUGCUUGGAAAAUUCAUGUAUGAUUUGGAGAAAGAAGUCAUUCAAACUUUCCAGCUGCAGAUGGAACUUCCCGCAUCUUUCAUCUAUAUAAAAUUCUCCAUGCUGAGCAACUGGGGCCACUCAGAUUACACUUGUAUCUAUCGCGUAAGGGUGCACGGGAAGAUGGUAAGCAAGAGCUAAACCCCUGAGCAGCAAGACAUGGAGUGAGGAUUCAGAAGAAGAACAGCAACCCCAGCCAUCCUGCCAGUUUGUCAACAGCACCUAGGGCUCACUCCACUUUUCCGGGGCGGGGGGGAUAUGCCAGAAAAAUAGAAAGGCAACUAAAGAUGACAGAUAUUAUCAGCUAACCACUCUUGUCUGUUCUGUCAAAAAUAUAGCAUAUAUGCAACAUAGAAUAAAUGAAAUUUAACAUGGGAUAAACGAAAGGUCACAAAUAUUUGCAGAAGCAGUCUAAAUUGCUUUUAUACAUUGCCAAGAUAUCAAUGUGCAAACUGCUGGAGAAACAGACCUGGAAGAUGCAGACAGGCAAGUUGCAGUAUAAAGCAAGUUGCUCCCUUCCUCACUGCUCCCCAGAGCACUGCUGAGAAACAUUCCUUAGCACUCCACCUGCCAUAUGCUGUGUCCACCAGACCUGGAAACAAGAGGCUGAGGCUGCCCUUGGGAUGACCAUGUCUGUCACCAACAUGCUUUGGAACAGCAGCCAGGGGCACACUCAGGAUGGUUUCACCAUGACUUGUAGGUUUGGAAUAGGUAGGAGGGCUGUGCUUUGUGGGAGAGCUCUCAGGACCACCAUAGAAACUCCAUCAGUAAUCUACUUACUGUGCACUGCUUUGGGGGGAGAGAGAGACAAGAGGGAUCAAGUGGUAAAUGUAUCUUUUGGAUACCUUAGGGUUGCUUUACUUUCUCCUUUUCCAAGCCCCAUUGCUCUGUCCCACGUGGGACUCUUGGCCAAUUCCCAGUGUUGUCACUGGAAUUGGACCCAGCCCCUAUACCUUUGUUCUGGGCGAGCACAAACCUUAAACCAACCGCAACACCUGCCAGUUGAUAAUAGGUGAAUUUAUUGAUGGUGAUAACAAAAAAGCAACAAUACAAACAAUCCUAUAUCUACCAAUCCUAGGGCUGUCAUCAGAGUCAAAGUACAUCUGGUCAGGAUUCAGGCUCUACUCUGAGGCUCUUUCUCUUGGGUGUCAGAUGUCAGCAGUUUGUAGGUGGGAUGCCGAGGACCAUAGCCCCCCUCUGGUGGGGUGGAUGAGACGGGCUGCUGGUGUGUGCCCUCUGUCCACGGAGGCCUCAGGGACCCUUUCUGGUGGACGGGUAUGGGGAUCUCUUUCAGGGAGCAAGAUGGGGAGGGACAGAGAGGAAGAGAAGGAUGGAUGAGAAAGAACAGGGAGGGACAGGAGAGACCUUUUGUUAAUAUCAAGUCUCUGCUUUUGUAUUCUCCUUUCCCCUUGAUGACUCCUGAUGAUUCUUCAUUCGUGGCUAUCUCUGGUUGGCUGUCUCUCUGUGGUCACACAUCCACGUAGCCUUCUGGGCCUUUUCCUAAUUUGGUCUGUUACCCCAAAACUGGGACUCAGCCCCCCUGCUGCUCUGGGGCCUUGUAGCUGGUGUUACUUAUCUUGUAUUAUGGGACAGUAUGGUACAUACUUCCUUGGUUCCUAGGCUGUCUGUCCUUGUUGUGUUAGACAACCUGUCUGACUUGGAGGCUGUGAUCUCGCAUUAUGGCAUGUCCCUCUUAAUUCUCAGGUUGUGUCCAUCUGUUGGACUUGUCGUGCUAGACAGCCUGUCUGCUUUCAGGGCUGUGAGAUGCAUUGUGUGUGAAACCCAGGCUCUUUAGACAUCCAGUUAACCCCUGAUGCCCAUCUUGACCCCUUAUAAUGCAUAAAUCUGUAUCCAUAAGCUAAUUCUCAAAAAACGGACCUUUAAAUGCCAUUUCCAAGCCAACACCUAGCAUCCGUGUUGGACCUGGCUGGGCUGCAAGGUGGAACUGUAUUUUAACCAGGGUGAUGACAAGAACUGAUAAUAAGGUCUGAUUGUGCACUGAGCUAAAGACCAUUCCUUGUGCUCUGUGGGGAGAGUAUAAUAGCACGUGCUCAUGAGUAACACAUGCUAAACCCCAUUUAUUAUUGCUCUGUUUAAAAUGAAAAACCUGUGCUUCUGGCAGGAAGGAACAGGAGCUGGUGAACAGCCCACUUCACACUCUAAGGAUCCAUCUCUUCAGCGAGGGGCUCUGCCCUGACCCUGAGGUCUUGGCAUCUUCACCGUAGGAUUAAACUUUCUGUGUAACAGCCAACCUAAUGUGGAUGAGAUUCCUCCUUUGAAGACUGUGGAUGGGUGCAUACCAGAGUAGUCGGUUUCUUCUAUUUAAGAAUUUUUCCAUCAGCUACUUUUAUGAGACUUAGGCUUAAUUCAUUUCCAGGCUCUCUUGGGCUUUCGUUUUUUUGCUUCAUUGAUACUUUCUGGGUAGUUUCUCAUUUCAGUGUUUUCAGCAAUAUCCUGAUUAGUACUUAGAAACUCUGUUGUCAGGAUAUUUGUUUUGUCAUUUUUUUACUCUGAUUAACACUCUGCUUUUAUGAAAAGCCUUUGGCAGGUGCCUCCCACGUUUGAUUUAGAUACAUCCAGAGCUUCUUAGCCUUUCAUAUUGUGAGUUGUGAUCCUAAGAAAGGCAGAGAGCUCUCUGAUCCAGUUGACAUCCAUGAACACCUGCCUGGCAGAACUGGGCCCCAUGUCUGAAGAUGGUUCAGCUGCCUUCUAAAUCUCUACCUGAUGCCACUCUUGUUCUGUUGCAGCUUUCUGAGCUUAUUCCAUCUGGUUUUCAUCUCCUCUGCCUGUCUAUUACAGCUGGCCAACAAAUUGCUUUCUGGGCAACACAGCUCCAAAUAUUUGUCUACAGGGAAUUAGUGUAGCUAAAUAUUAAACUUUCUGAUUAUUUUGUAAGUCUCUGUUAGUUGCAUUAAUCUUCAUUGGCUUUUGGAUCACAGGCUAAAUACAAACCAUUAAAAAGCCCAAGGCUGAAUCAUUUCAAUCUUUGCAAGUUAGUCUAAGCUGCGUAGAUUGAACGGAUAAGCAAGGGAAUAGACAUGCACUUGAUUCUGGAAAUGCAGCCACAGUGGUCCAGGCCAGAAGCCAGGGGGUGCUGAAGCAUGCUUCCCUGGUUGGCUGCAGCAGACAGGUUGGCCCAAGGCUAGCCUGCCCACCCUGUGGAGAGUUUGUGCGGGAGGUGCAAUGCAUCCUAGGAUGGUGGGGGACUGUGAGUUAACUUGAAUCUAGGGGAUUUGG